AUGCCGUUCCUUCGGCAGGCACACGGCCUCAGGCUCCGACUUCACCCUUGGCCUCUCACAAAUAAUCCCGCGCUGUACCCAUCCACUGUCCGCUUUGCGAGUCACUCGAACAGAUACAAGAAGAAUCAUGCCGCUCAAGAUUCACCCGCAAAAGCCCGUUCAGAUCAAAACGACACAGCAUCUAGCAAGCGUCAGAAGCCAUUCUGGAAGUCCAUCGUCCCCGAUUUUCUAUCACAAGAGAUGGAUGCUUCUUCGAGAAAAGGUGGACACUUCGCACAAGUCUCGUCGUUCAAGCUUCACACCUCUCACAAGUCAGGAUCGAAGCCAACCGUUGAAGCUUCAACUACAUCAUGGGACUCCAAAACCAACCAAGUCGGCCACACAGUCUAUGAUCCCAUAUCUGGAAGGAUGGUUCCUGCGAACAACCAGACCAGACAAACUUCUACCUCGACCAAGGGUCAAUUGAACAACCAAAGCUCGGAGAAGGCUUAUCAGAAGCCCAUGAUCGUCUCGCAACUGCCAGAUGACAUCGAAGUCCUUGCAAACACACCUACGACCCAUGCCUCUUUCACCGAGGAUUUCGGCAAGACAUACCAGUCCGAGCACGAUGAGCUCCUCGCAGCCCGUAGGCAUCUAGACACGCUGCGUGAGCAGAUCCAGAUCCUAGAACGUCAAGCUCAUCCUGACAUGAUCAAGCCUCACUACGCUGUUGAUGCCGAGAGACCCGCCGUCUUCGAAGAUGGCUGGGACAACAAUCCACAAGGACUUCAAACGGCCUUCGAGCAUGAGAAGGAGGCUUGUGAACAUGGCGACAUGAAACCCCUCGAACAAGAGAUGAAUGCUCUUAACAAGAGAUCCACUCAGGAAAUCAACGACGAGUAUAGUGUAGCCCCGAGCGGCAUGGAAACCCACUUCGCAAACGAACAAAAGGAUGAUGAACUCAGUCACAAGUCUUCCCUGGAGCAGGAAUUGGUUGCUAUGAACAUCAAAGCUCCUCCUCUUGACGAUGGCUGUUCAGCCUCGCCACAGGGUCUUGAGACACUCUUUGAACAUGAGCAGAAGGAGGCUGAACAGGGUGCACGCGAGACUCUCGAGGAUGAAGUUCGCGCGACCGGCAUUGCAGACGGCUUACUACAGUACACCGACAGCUUCGCCAAAGAGCCCGCCGGUCUUGAGACGAUGUACCAUCGGGAGCAACAGGGUAUGCCUCAGAGAUUGGCGCAUGAGCUCGAGAACAUGGCCUCCGGUCCAGCUGUAAGAGAUCCAGAUGAUGCUUAUUCGACUGAGCCUAUCGGCAUGCAAACCCUUUAUCAGAGGGAAGCAGAAGGUAGUCAGAAGGGACAGCACAAGGAUCUGGAACAUGGCCUACACGACCACAUUCAGGCUCGCAACCUCAACGACAGCUUCCUGGCGAAUCUCGAAGGAAUGCAGACUUUGUGGAAACGAGAACAAGAGGAUGUAGAGAGAGGUAGUGCUAAGUCGCUAGAAGAGGAGAUCAGAGCCCAGAAACACGCAUCAACCAUUGCGAACGAGUACAACACUUCACCAUUUGGUAUGGAGACACACUUCGCCAAUGAAAUGCAAAACACUGGAGAUGGCAAGUCCGAAACUCUUGAAGAGGAGGUGAGCCGCAGAGUGCAGGCACAGGUCCCUGACGACGGUCAUGCCCGUUCUCCAAGCGGAUUGGAGACUGCCUUUGACAGGGAGCAGAAGGAUACUAUGCUCGGAAAACGCCAGAGUCUCGAGAAAGAGAUCGACAAUCGUGAGCCUGCUUUCGAGGACGGCUAUGCGACCAUGCCAAUGGGUCUCCAGAUGAUGUUCCGCCGUGAGAAGCAGAGCCGCGAGCGCUCCCUGGAGGAGGAUAUUAAACAGGAAGCUUCGUACCAUGAAGAUGGCUAUUCCCGCGCACCAAUUGGCAUGGAAAACUCGUUCGAGAGAGAGGCCAAAGACGAAUCCACAUCGUUGGAAGCAGAUCUGAAGAACAUGCCGGGCGAGGGAGAUCUUUCUCCAACUGUGGGUAAGUUCAACAACAGCAAUAUGUGGUACAAGCAGCCUGCCAGAAGCACGUUUUCUGAAGAAUACCCAAAGGCAGACGUGAAAGAGCUUGAUCAACACACCGCAUUCUUCGGACGUUCGCUCGAUGAAGGAUCAUCCAAUCCCAUCGAGUCCAGCGUAUCGUCGCCAGAGACGGUGACCGCAGCAGAACAUAUUUCAUCAACGACUGCACCGGAUAACAUCUCUACAAAUGCAUCCUCAACGCCAGAAUCGGAUCCGAAAAUUACUUGGGCCGAACCUGCUCUUUACAAAGUGAUCGCCUACGACUCCAGCAAGGAUGUUAUCACUAUCACUACUACACCGUCCAGCUUCUCGGACAGCGAGAUACCCAUAUCAAUACCUCGAGCUAUCACCCAACUCGCUCAGACGGCUCGUUUCUUACCACACCUUGCAUCUGCACAGAACGACGGAUAUCAGGUAAUUCAAGCAGACAAGGACUUCUUAAUAUCGCGGAAGGUCCACGCAGAAUCACGGUCGAGGCCUCCAUUGUACGAUGGCCACAUCAAUCCCGUCGAUGGGACCUCCAAGCAUAUUCCGAUCGAGCCCCCUAGUGCUCGUUUUGCCUCUCCCACAGGCUUUGUCAACUACGAGCCUAUUUUUCCGACCGAACCUGUUUACAAGCAGACAAAUGCGACCAGUCCGCCCUCUGAUAUUCCUAUGAAUGGACAUCCAGAGUUCCAACAGCAGACAUACUAUCCCUUUCCGCAUGAGGUUUUACACUCUGAACAACGUCGUAAUGGAAAAUCCUACAUAGUGACACAUCGUGAGAGACAGCGCAGGGAAAGGCGACGUCGCUGGCGUCGUCGAAUCGUCUGGGGUUUGAGCGUGGCUGCAGGUACAGCAGUAUCUACUGCAUACGUUGUUGGUGUUUCUGGUGAGCUUGCUCGACCUGAGAAGCCUGCUUUGAAACCCACAAAGUAA